UUGUCUCUCAAUCAAUUCAGUUGUCUUCAAAGUAGAAUUUUGUCCGGUCGCUGUUUCGCGUCUUCGCGGUAGUGUUAAUUUUCGUCUCCUGAAGCUGUUCGAACUAUGAUACUUUUCAGGGGCAUGGUCAUUCUAGUGGCCUUGGCCCUAGUCGGUUUUCAAGUGCAAUUUUCUUCCGCAUUAGGACUGAACGAGCCAUGCGUCAACCCGAAGCAGCAGCCAGGAAGAUGCGUGUCCUUGGCGGAAUGUCCAUCGUUGGCAGCCAUUCUGAAGAAAAAUAGCACGGACGCGGCAAAUCGAACUUUCCUUCAGAAAAGUCAGUGUGGUGUUGGCUCGAAGGGAAAAAUUCUAGUAUGUUGUGCUGGAGCCGCACCAAUUCCGGCCAGCAACAUCCUUCCGGGAACCGAGGAGUGCGGCUUGGACUUGGCCGACCGAAUUGUCGGUGGGCAGGAAACGGGAAUCGGUGAGUUUCCUUGGUUGGCCCUGUUGCAGUACCGGAAGCUGGCAGACGGAACUACUGGAUAUCACUGCGGCGGAACGCUGAUCAAUGUGCGCUACGUCCUGACGGCUGCCCAUUGCUUUCUCCCGGAGCUAUUUGAAGUAACAACCGUUCGACUAGGUGAGCACGAUAUCGAUAACCACGGGCAGGACUGUAACAAGCUGGGUUGCGCCGAAGAUCCGGAGGAUUAUGGCGUCGAGAAAAUCAAAAUCCAUGAAAAAUAUCAGCCAAAUAGUAUCAACAAUCUGCAUGAUAUUGCUUUGAUCCGAGUCAAUCGGGACGUUGAGUACACCGAUUACAUCCAACCGAUAUGCCUGCCGGUAUCCAGUGCUGCCAAAAACCUUGGCUUGACUGGGAAAAAGCUGACGGCGGCCGGCUGGGGACGUACUGAAACAAACAACCCCAGUAGCGUAAAACUUAAAGUGAAACUGGAAGUGGAAAAUUCUGACGAUUGUUUCGCAAUUUACGCAACUCAGAACGUCAUUCUCAAGGACACUCAGCUCUGUGCCGGGGGUCUGGCCGGGAAAGAUACCUGCUCCGGAGAUUCCGGUGGGCCGUUGAUGCAGAAAACAGGAGUCAACUACUUCCAAUACGGCAUCGUUAGCUUUGGCCCGAACAAGUGUGGCCUGGCGGGAGUUCCGGGAGUCUACACCAACGUCCCGAAAUACAUCGAUUGGAUUCAGAAGAAUUUGGAAUAAAUCGCUUUGAGUGUUGUUGCUGAAGGGCUCGUUUGUAAACAAAAAAGGAAUAAUUUCAUAAGCGACAACAGAAUAUAAACAAUCUUGAAAAAUA